CAAACUAUUUUUAUUUAAUAUUUUCAUUCUUGUUUUUGUAAAUCUUGUUUUUGAAAAACUGUAAAAUUCUACCUGCUUCAUAGGACACAUAAUCUGACUAAAAAGCAAUAGAACCACAUGAAAUUCAAGUGUUUUAUUUAAACAUUUAAAAGGUUUAAGAACACAUUUCAAAUGAAAAAAAUAUUACAGACUGACAAUGGAUACAAUCCUGCUGUAACAAGCAAAGAAUCAAAGUGUGAGAUACACAAUGGCCUGGAGAGGCGAACAAGGAAGUGGUUAUUUUAAGCAGCCAUAAGCAACACUCAUGUGUCAACAAAUGGAGACAGGAUAUAAAGAGAUAAAGAUUAGCGAACAGCAAUACGGUUUGCUUUAUAUAAUGUAAUCCGGUUUGUCUGCUGUAACUGUUUCUGACACAAACAUUUCUGAACAGCAAAGACCUAGAAUUGUUAAUACGAUGUUUGCAAAUGCUUUUCAGUCGUGAACAAUUUGGGUCACUCAAAAAGUAGUCUAUUUUGCUUUUAUUUUUUUAAACAAGAGUUUUCCUAGAAACAAAAUGAAAAUGCAAUCUUUACCAAGUCCACAUGUAGGCUUUGUUUACCUCAUGGAGCAAAUAAACAGUCAACAGAUGCUUAAGGAAAGUGUAUUUAUUAAUCUGUUGUUUUUCAUACAGAUUACUAGAAGAGCAGCCAUUAAAUAUGUAUUAUCUGUUUAUUUAUGAACCACCAUUCAUACACAUGUCUCAGAGUAAUUUACAGAAACUUCAUAAAAACAGCUUAAUAUGAGCUAAAACAGCUAAUGUUAGAAAUGUAGAACUCUGAUCCUAAUAGCUCUCAGUUUAAAUAGAGCUCUAAAAAGUGACUAUGGGCACAUUUCAAAUAAGUCCAACGAUGAUCACUGAGACUUCUUUAUAAGUGAACUGUAGUUUGUUAAGGAUGCUGGGAUUUGUAGCUCUGUGAGAGGAAAGCUACAAUUCCCAGGUUUCUUGGGUAUGUACUGUAAAUGUGCACUGGAUGUGCUUUAAAUAUUUGGUGUGGAUCUGCCUACUGUCACAAAUAUGAUCUUACACUAGUUUUGAGUUCAUGUGCUGCAAUCACAGUCUGAAACUGAUACGUUUGAAUAAUGAUUUAGCAUCUAGGUGGUAUAUUCCAAUGUGAUUUGGUCUUUAUUAAUUAGAACUGCUUGCCUACAGCUGAUAAUAAGUUAUAUAAUUUGCAGUUUUCACAUUUACAGGCAAUAGGUCAGCAAUUGCUAACAUGCUUUCCCUUCCUUGUGUUUCCAAAAUGCACAAUCUACCUUGGCACUUUCUGUUAACUACAUAUGCAAGAAGUGCACCUAGGUAGCAGUACAUAUGAAAGCAUGACCACAGACAGGCAAGUACUUAGAAAACCUUUUUAAAAAAGAUUUGUUUUGUAAAAUUCCUGGAGACCCAGUUCCCAAAGUUCAGAAGUCUCAUGCAACUGUAUGCAAUUGGCUGUGCUAACUGUUGCUUGUUUCUGCAUAUCAACGUUCAUUUUUCUCUUCUACUUCCAGCCUUGUCACGUAGUCACUUUCCUUUGCCUAAUUUAUUAUACAUCCUUAGUGUAACAGGAGGUAUUUUGGUUGCUAUGCAACUUUUCUAACUGCUAGAAUGUGAUGCCUAGUAUCUCCUUGUUGAUCAGUAUUAAGCGUUUCCAAUGAUGAAAAUAACUGUGUGCACUGGGCAAAAAUUAGUCUAUGACUGCUGAUAUAACAGAGGUACCAAGCCUGCCUUUCUGUGCCUUCCUUUCCUAUCAUUUCCAUUACAGUUAACAAGGCGGAAGGUAUUUAUGGGCCUUUUACCAGGUGAAAUGUUGACCAAAAUACAAUGUAUCUCUGUGUAUGAGACAAGCAAACACUGUCGGUAGUUUUGUGUGUAUUAAAUAAAAUGUUUCCAAUGAAAAUACAAUGAUUUCUAGUUGUGGUUACUUUAUACACUCCUGGACAAUUUCUUAUAUAUUUUUGUCAUUUCCCCCCCUUUUUGGUAUGGUUACCUCAGAUUUUAUGUCAGUAAUUUACAUAAAACAGUUUUAUAGUUAUAUAUAGUAUAGCUUAUAUAAUUUACAAUAUAAUUUUAAGGGAAAGUUGAUUUUACUGAUAGUUGACAUGUUUAUAACCUCAAAUGAUACCAAGAAGCAAGCAUGCUUGUUCUGUUCUGUUUCUGCAUUGCAAAUAACUAUAUACAGACACAUAAAAGUAGAAAGUUUGGUUUCUUAAGCUCUACUUUUAGUAAGAAUAUACUUUUAUUAAGAAUAAAAAUUCGUAUUCAAUAUGAAUGGACUAAAUAUGGACUAACCUUAAGCCUUCACAUAGCUCAGCCUAAGUGAAAAUCAAGUACUGAAUUUUAGAACUUGAGCACAGAACUUCAAGCAACUUUGGGAAAUGCUUCAUUCAGGACUUUAAAGACUAAGUUGCAACAGAAACAUUAUACUGACACACUGCAAUAAGUUUCAAAAUGCAUUAUCAGUUGGCUUUGUUUCACAAACAGAAUUCAAUUUUACAAAACAUUCGUUUUUAGUGAUAGAGCAUGAUAUUUUCCUGGACCAUUGCUAAGCAGAUCAACUCUUGCAAGCUUAAGACACUCUUGCAGGGCUCAAGAGCAAUUAUUAUAAACGCCUCCCAAUACAUCCAGGACUAAUUUGGACCCUUGCGCUGCCAGGUCAGACCUGGAGCAUUUUCUAGGGUUGUUAUACCAAUGGUUCACUUAAAACGUUUUAAUUUACUGUAUACUCUCCAAGGACUUUUAAAAAUUCAGUUUAGCUGAAGCCACGACUCUGAACACAAUAUAACAACAACCCCAAGUCUUUUGAAGUGGAAGCCAAUUCUGCUGACAGAAACAGCCCUUCCCGCCGCCUCCCUUCUCCCGGAGGCACCGCCAGCCCAGGAUUCCCAGGGAGCGGCCUGGGCCUGGCGGCGCCAAGCCAAAGAGGCUUAGCGGGAGAGAGUCAGGGGGCGCUGUGGCAGAGCCCGCCGCCUUCCGUCGAGGGAGCCCGACUUUCCCCUCCUCAGCAACAGCUGCUGCCCCCUUCCUCCUCCCUCGCCGGGUCUCCGCCGGCCGCCAUGUUAGGUCGGGAUGGUGAACUCGGGCUUUGCUGAGGGGGACCCGGCGCCUCCUCCGCCUCCGCCUCCGCCUCCUCCCUGGUGCGCGUGGAAGGAGAGCGAGCGAGCGAGCGAGGGCCCUGGCUUCCCGGCUCCUCCCUCUCCCCACGGCCUGGGCUCGCGUGCCGCCGCCGCCGCCUCGCCAAGCGGCCGCCCAGAUAUCGCUCUCAGCCCGGGGAACCCUAGGCCGGAGCUGAUGCCGAGGGGCUGAAGGCUCCGGGCGGCACCUGCGCGGUGGGGGCGUCGCGUCGGGCGCCCCCUUCCUGCCUCCAUCUCCCCCUCACGCUCUCCUGCUCCCCUUUACUCGACGGGCCGGAGGUGCCUCCUGCCCUGAGGCGGAAGCGAGGGCGCCCUCACGCCCUGCGCCCGAGAGGAGGGCUCGGAGCUUUCUCCCGGAGCGGGCCCAGGAAAAAGCAGGUGAGCGUCCCGAGCGCUUCCGUCGCCUUCCCCACUCUCUCCCUGGAGGCGGAGGCGGCUGCAGAGCGCUAGGCCCCGCGUGCUUCUCCUCACCCGUCGUCGUCCCCCGACCCCUUCGGGAGUGCUCGGCUUCUUAUGGUAGCGGGGGGUGUAAGCUCUUCCUUCUUUGCUCCCCACUUCCAGAGUUUUUAAGCAACUCCUUCCACCCAUAUGGGUCCCCCCUUUCGUUUAGGAGAGUUUGCGUGUGUCAGUCACGCAACAGUGUGGGGAUAUUUCAAAAACGCUCCCUUUAAAAGUUUCCUUUCCUGGGGGUGGGGGGGUGUUUGAAUGUGUCCCCCCCUUUCUCCUUCCCCGCUCCCUCCCCUUCUCGUGUGUAGAGGUGGCAGCCUGGCAGGAGACGCGCCUUCUGCUUGUGUUUGCUCCUGAAAGCCAGAUAACAACUGUUCCCAACAGAAGGGGUCCUCUUCGCCCUCGCUUGCUUUGAUUGACGAUCCCAACAAGUUUCCUGGUUAGGCUUUGUUUGUUUUGUUUGUUUUGGCAAGGGGAGGAGAGGAAAUAGGAGAGGGAACUCAAGUACUGUACCAAGUUAUGCUUUCCAACCUUCACAAGCGCCCUUUCCAGUCUUCUCAACUUUUAAACUCCUGGAAUACGUCUCGAAGUGAGUUGAUGAAGUCUCUCUUUGUAGUCCCCUCAAGCAUAUGCUGUAUGUUGCUAAUAAAGUAAGCCGGGACCAUUUGUUCUCUUGAGUGUCAACGUCGUUUAAAGGAUUUAACACAGUUCUUAGUAGUCAGUAGUCAGUUUCUCAGCCCCAGAAACUGCAACUGUGUUGUUGUGGGUCAGAACAAAUUCAGAAACUACAGGCUGAUCCUUGAUCUGCACUUUGGUCCCAAUAUAUGUAUAUUGUUUUCCAAACAAUGAUACCAGAGAUCAUGACUCUUAAGAAUCAUUAAGCUUUUAUUACAGAACAAAAUACAACUGUGGUUUCCUUCAAGCAUUUGGGGUUUUUAUUUUCCCACUGGGGGGGGAAGUAACUUCCUUUAGAAACUCCAUGAGAAUUCAUGACAUGAAGACAUAAUGAACUUGCUUAAGUUAACAAGACAGUAUACAAAAUGUAUAGGAUAAUGGCACAUUUCAGUUAGUAUAUCUAUGUAUCCAUAGGCUACAUCAUUUUGAAGUGUAAUUAGUAUUUACUUGAAUUUACAAUCAAAACAAUUUAUUAAAUGUUAGGUCCUAAACAAAAAAUUUUUCCUUUGAAAUGAAUAUGUUCACACUACGUGUACUUACAUGCACUGAGCAUGUUUAAACCUUAAAUUAAUCAUGAGCAGUUUCACUCUUAACAGUUAAUAUAAUAUUUACUGUGAGUCCACCCAUCACAUUUUGUGAUACUAUGUUAUGUAAUUUUUAAAGUAUGCUGAUUAGGGAGGGACUGUAAUGAUUUGUCGUCAGUACUUGGGGAAUAUUAAAGUUGCAUUGUCAAAUAAAAAACAUUUCAAGUUCAGAUAUUAACUGAAGUGUCUUGGAGUAAAACAGUCUGAAACUACUUUGCAGCAGAAUAGCAUUUUGUUUUAAUUUUUAUUUUGAAAACCAGUGGAGUAAAUGAUAUAGUUAAAAGUAGUUUUAAAGGAGGAAAGCACUUCUUAUGCAAUAAUAAAAUAAUCAAUAUUGAAGGCCUUGUUCUCUAGUUAAGAACACAUGCAACUUUUAGUGUUCCAAAGAAAUUUUAGCGUUGAAAGAAGUUUUAAUCAAACAAGCAUAUAAGUUUAUCAAUGAAUCACUUUGAGUUGUAUCCAAUGUUAGUCCUAUUCAAAGUAGCUCCAUUUAUUCCAGUGGAUCUUCUCUGACUUAAUUAGAUAUCACCCCUAGGCUGCAAUUCUAUACACAUUUACCUGACAAUAAGUAUCAAUGAACUCACUGCAUCUAAGAACAAACAUAGGAUUAUGCAGGCUGUAUGUGUGUAAAAUACCUGGAAAGCAAGAAGCGUAUGUUUUAAAUACCAUACACAUACCAUAGCAGGCAUUUCUUCCUACAUGUGAGAAAAGAUGGUAUGCCUCUUUUAAGAUGAUGAAAUUUUUAUAAGUAAAUCUGUUAUUUUUUUUAAAAGCUGCUGUAAGGUUAGUCAGAGGCGCAUUUUUCGUUGACUAAAAUUUUUUUCCUUGGUUAAGCAGUACAACCAUUGUACGUCUGACUGCAAAACAAAAAUAAAAAAAGCCCAGCCCCCGAGGUGAAAUGCAUAAUGCCAAGCAGAUCUCAUCUGCUUAGCAGGGUCAAGUGUUAAGACAAUAUUUACUAUAAAGGCAAAGCAUAGUGUUGCAGAUCAAAUAUAACCCAUACAGUCUUCAAAGAGCAAGUGAUUUCUGAUAAUGUUUCAUGGUUUUCAUAUGUUAGUUUUUAAUCAAGCUGCUUGAAAUAUGUCAGACUUGCAUUAAUUGUUUCAACAGUUGGGUUUUUUCCAAGGUCUUUCUGUACUAUCUAAAUUACAGUUUUACCCUAGUGAGUGAAAACCUGAGGUUUUGAAUUUAUAACCUAAUCCUUUGCACAGAUUUUUAAUGGAACUUAUCUCUCCCCCCCCCAAAAAAAAACCUGAUUCCCAAAGACCCCCAACAAGGUUAACCCCACCACCAGUCUAUAGGAUUGCAUUAUCAUGUAGCAGUUCAAAAUAGCUUUGGGGGUCAAAUAUCAAUGGUGGUGAUGCAAAGUCAAGGGGAUGCGCACAGUACAACUUCCAGUUUUCCAAAAGCUGCGUAAGGUUGUCACCAACUAGCUAUUUCCCCGUUCUUCAGAAGACUGGAAAACUAGCAUUAUGUACAGCCUCCAGGGCAGUGCUAAGAACUAUGGUGUGGGUGAGUCUUGAAAUGAAUAAAGGAUGUAGGAGAUAUUUUCUGAGCCUAAAGGCUUCUUUGGAUCCCAGCUGUUGUAGUGUUGAUAAGAUUGCUAGGUGAAAGUUACAAGUUACAAGAUUGCUUUUAAGCUGUUGCAGUACUUACAAUGAAUAUAUUGAUAGACUUAAAUGAAUAUAUAUAUAUAUUAAGCAAAAACUCUUUAUUAUCUUAUGGAUGCAUUAAUAUACCACCUUCUAAAAAGUCUUCUCACAAGGCUACUUGGAAAAAAAAAUCUAUAAAAAGCAAUCACAUAUAUCUUUAAAAAAAAUAAAAUCAUGCCUCCUGAAUGAAGAUGUUUUCAGUGUGCAUUGUGUUUCAAAAGUACAAAGAAAGAGGCUUGUUCUAUUUCCCCAGGGAGGGAUUUCCAUAAUUCUGGUAUCACUAAAGAAAGGGCCUGUCUCUGGUACCCUUCAAAUGUGUCUGAUUUUAAUGAAUACCAAAGAGCUGAUCGUGAUGGGGCACUCUUAAAUGUUUGAUUCGUGCAACAGCAAAGGCAGUUCUGUAGAUCACUUUCCCCCAACCUAAUGACUUCCAGAUAUUUUAGAAAACAACUGUCAUCAAACCGUCAGUCAGGGAUGAUUGGACCUGUAGCCCUAAAUAUAUGAAGCACACCAGGUAGAACAAGGCUGUUUUAGAUAAACAGCCCCCAGGCUGUUUAAAGAUUUAAAGAUUUGGACCAGCACCUUAAAUUUAACUUGGAAACAAAUUGGAAAGUAAGCUGGUGUAACCUGUGCAUAAUAGGUGUUGUAUUUAUUUAACUUGAAAAUUUAUAAUCCACGCUUUCAUAAAAUUUAACAAGUCAGCUUACAGCAUAUGAUGUGCAAUAAAAUCUGUCUAUAAAUAUCUAUAAAACAUAAUUAAAAGCAUCAAUAUGAUCUGAUUGUUGUGCGUCUACGUGCAUGUUAUGUUGACAACUGCAUUUGGAGUCAGCUGAAUAUUUUUGUGCAGUCUUUAAGGCAUCUUCCUAGGGAGACUAUUGGAGUAGUUCUGUCAAACUCAGUUCCCAGACCUUAGGUUCAAAACCUCUGUUGUAUGCCUUGAAAUCCCUACUGCUGGCAAGCAGGCAAUGGAGAAUAUUUUUUUGCCGUAAUGAUGUGCUUUUUGGGUUUCUCAGAGGCAUUUAAGCUACUUUGGGAAAGAAAAUCAGGACUGUAGCUAGGGGGGGUGUGAGGUGGGCCCCUGCCAGGGGCACAGACAAUGGGGGGAGGCGCAAAAUUGGCUAAAAAUAUGUCCAUAAAUAUAAAUAUUGAUUAUUGCCUCAUAAGAAAUGGUUUUAAAUAGAGGGUGAAUUGAAUGGGUGGAGGGGGUGGGGUUGGAGGAGAGGCAGAAAGAAGAGCUAAUUUGUCUGUGGCUAGGGGGCGCAAUCUGGACGGAUCUUCCAGGGGCGCAAGAUCACCUAGCUACGGGGACUUCCAAGUUAGCGCCAUCGGCGAAUGGCGGAGUUCCUCCGACCGGAGGAACUAGCUCCGUGGAAACUGGGUCUUCCCGCCGCGGCGAAGGUGGGGACCCGCUAGAAAUCCCAGGCGGAGGAAGCCUGGGAACGUGGGGUUCGGCAGGGCACCAGGAGCGCCCCCCCCAGUCACGGGGAACCCCUUUUUGGGAUUCCAGAGUGAAGUGGGGUGAGCGACGCGGUGCUGCGAACUGACUGCUACUUUCACGGAGUGAAGCCGCACAGCCAUCGCCAGAGAGCGCUGACUUUUUCCUGUGGACAAUUGGAUUUAAAACAAGUACCCGUCGGUAGAAACGGAAAAUUAUUAGGGAUUAUUACAGGAUUAUUAGAACAGUAUACUAUUAUGGGAUGGAACAACAUUACACCACCUAACUAAUUUUGCUUGAAAGGAAUUCUAUUUAUGUCUGCGAAAUAUCAAGUAAAUAUUUUCAGGAAUGGGAUUAUAUCACCAAAUAUCCUCCAAACCCAUAUGCUCUUCCUUCCACCUUAAAUCAACAAGACAACUGUUGCAUUAUUGUAUAUGUCUUAUGAAAAUCUAGUUCUUGGGAUACGUUGUUUAACCUAUUGCGCACGUUUAGCUGACAGAAAUACUUUUAGAUUACCACAGUUCUUUGCUAAAAGGUUGUUGUCUUGGAAACACUGCCUCUGCUUUGUAUUCAUUGUCUCUGAGAAUACAGAUGAUGGUAUUCUGGUACUGAUGUUUCUGGAGGUAUAUAGAAAACUAGUCCCCCUUGAUGCUCUUCUACUUGAAAACAGCUGAACAUAAAAUGGUCAGGCAUUUUAAAUUAUAAAAACAAUCUGCUUGAUCUUGGGUAAUAAAGCAAGUAUCUCACCCCCACCCCAUCCAGAAUUGCCCCUAGAGAUAGUUCUUUUUUUCCUCUUCCUUCCUUUUGGUGCUCCUCUCUGUUCCAAGAUAGGCCUGUCACUAUCUAAAAUGGAGAUGACUUCUGUUAACUCAGGGGUAGGCAACCUAAGGUCUAUGGGACGGAUGCGGCCCAAUUGCCUUCUCAGUCCGGCCUGACGAUGGUCCGGGAAGCAGCAUGUUUUUACAUGAGUAGAAUGUGUCCUUUUAUUUAAAAUGCAUUUCUGGGUUAUUUGUGGGGCCUGCCUGGUGUUUUUACAUGAGCAGAAUGUGUCCUUUUAUUGAAAAUGCAUCUCUGGGUUAUUUGUGGGGCAUAGGAAUUCAUUCAUUAUUAAUUUUUUCAAAAUAUAGUCCGCCGUCCGCCCCCAUGGUCUGAGGGACAGUGGACCGGCCCACGGCUGAAAAAGGUUGCUGUCUCCUGUGUUAACUUAUGGAUUCUAUGAUAAGGAGGUGAUCUUCAGAUAGGCCACCUUCUAUCCCAAGAACACAUCCCAGUCAGGGGGCAUUCCUUCUGCUCUGCAUUUAAAAGCAAUUGGCCUCAUAGUAUCUGUGAUGGAGGAUACACUUAUAUCAAGCCCAUUUUCCUCCCCCUGUAGGAAGCCAUUGCUUUCCUUUCUCUCAGCACUGGAAACUGAAGGUCUGUUUGUACCUGUGUGCUCUGUCUGCUGCCAGUAUUUGAUGAUGUCAUGAAGGAGCUCUGGGUUAAGAUGGUUUGGAGGACUGCACAAGGGAAGUGGGGUUCAAAAGUGUAGGGCAUUUGUACACCUAGAGGUUCCUUUGUUGGUGGAGAUUAAUCUUGCCCUCCGCUCCCCAACCAGUCUGGGGAACCAGCAUAUUUACAGUUGGGUCACCCACUUUUGUAAUAUAUAGAAUAAAAUAGCGUGCAUUCACAAGUAGAAUUCUUUGGCUGUAUUUCUUGGUGCAGAUUUGAAUGCAUUUCUAUAUAAUGUGGAGAACUUUAAAAAAUGCAUGGGACUGAUGAAAAAAUAAUUGAUAUCCUUUCCAAAAAAAGAAGAAAAGACAAGGCAAAUGUCUUAACACAUGCCCAGAAUGCCAAUAGAGUUCUGUAGUUCUUAUCUUUAACAUUUAUGUUCACCAUAGAACAAACGGUCUGACCAUGCAGAUUGUCAGAACAAAAGUUUACUUAUUGUAUUGCUACAUAGUGUUAUGGGAUAUAGUUGGAGAAUGGAGAAGCUGCAAUAACCACAAAAACCUCAGACAAGUAUCUGGUUUUCUCUUCUUGUUCUUGUAGUAUGUGACAGAGGAAAUUAGGUAACAUUAUUCUUCCUGUCAUGACUUUGUUUCUGUUGCUCCCUAGAGGUGAAAAUGCUUUGCUGAGAUUUUGUUAUGAUGUUACUAUAUUAUUUGUUGCUGCGUGUUUCAAAAGCCAUAUACAGUUUAGUAAACUGUUAACAAAUGAGCACAUUUUGAAUGCUUCAUACAACUUUUGCAAUUAAAUAUAAAAAUCUGUCAAGCUGAUGGAAGUUAGCUCUUGAGAACAAAACAUCUGGUAUGUAAAAUGAUUUCCUUUGAAUCAAUGAACAAAUUAUUUAUUGUCCAGAAUUAAGAAUUCCUUAACAUCCUUUAUCUGUCACUUCUGCUGCAGCAAUGAGCUUACUCUUUUAUAGACUUACUAGGCAAUCCUAUUGACCUGCAAUGUCAGACACCUACUUUGGUGAGCAUAGAUAGCCUUGAUGCAACUUAAUCAGGAUCAUAAAUUUACACAGUAAAAAGUUGAAAGGGCACAGAAGAAUAGCACAAAAACAGAAUGCAGAAGUUAUAACAGUUGUGGCCCCAUUGGUGAGAGUCAGUAUUACUCAGACAAUCAUGGUGUAUCAUGCCAUUGACACCUGUCAGUUAGGCAUAGAUGAAACCGAUCUGUACACAGCACAUGACAUUUUCCAUCUCCACUGCACACAUGUAAAGCAUAGCCUGAUACACGGGCACCCAAAAGCAAUCUACACUGUGAUGGAAACAACAAGAUCCCUGCAACUCUGAAGCACCAGAAAUCAUUGCACAUGGGAGAUUUCAGUAUUUUUAUGCCUCUUGCAUUAAAAGUAACAACUCCUUCGAAUGUACAACAUAAAGUGGAGGAAAGAUGGCAGUAUCUCACAGUACCCAUGGCUCUAUACCUACUGAAGGGGAGAAGGAGCCUUCUGCCUUCAUGGGAAGGGAGGAACUAGUGAAGGAAUGGGUUUCCAAAACCCAAAACUGACUGUGCAGGCAGUUUGAAACUGAACCAAAAUCCCUAUUUUUCCUUAGCUAAAAUCCAUUAACUCGAGCUCUGAGCUCAAUGCAUAAACAAAAGCCCGGCUGUAUAGACAAGUGCUGAGAGCCCUCUCCUUUAUCAGUUGUGACGGCAACUAUGGCCUUCACUGCACCAGUAGUAGAACAGAACAGAGAGAAGACACGUCUGUGCUUUAUCAUACGUCCUGGACACACUCUGACACACAAACCCAGGUCCGGGAACAAACGCCAGAGCGUGUUCCCGGAGAUUAUUACCUCUUCCCCAGAGUAGGAAGAGCAAGAUCCUUUUAUGGUCAGAAGUACAGGAAGGAAGAUCCUUUUAUGGUUGAGAGUACCAGAGCAGGAACAUACGUGAUGUCAACCUGCAUACAUAGGCUGACGUGGUUGGAAGGAGGGAGAGGAUGCCUGGAGGAUAUAUAUAUAUUGCAUGAAACUUGUCAUUUCUUUGGACUUGCUGGGGACUAAUCACGCAAGUGCCUUCUGCUAUCCGGAGAACAGAAUAAACUCUUUCUUUGAACCAACUCAGCAUCAUUUUGACUUCCUUCCUCCUGUCCCGGAGCAACGCAGACCCAAUCGGUGAACUCCAAUAAGGCUGCACUAGGACUGGCAAUAAGGGCAGCCAUACCUGCACCCUCACAGGAGUAUGUUCAUAAUCUAGGGCAUAAUACUGGGAAACAGGAAAUGUAAAUUCAAGCCCCACCUUGGUGAAUGGCAGGAACAAGGCCCAGCUGACCAUUUGCAUUCCUGGCCAACAAAGCAUGAGCCAUCCCUGAGUCUGCAUUAUGCACAUCUCUCUUGGGAGUGUGUUGCUAAGCUGUGAUUCCUAUUUGACCACCCCUCUUGGAACAGUAUGUGCCGCCUGAGGAAACUUGUUUGCUGCUCAAAGUUCCUCAGUUCCAAUCUUUGCACUUAGACUUCAAAUUGUUUUCCAACAACAAAUUGUUGCUUCAGUAAUACCAUCUCCACCACUUGGAGAAGGCUUGUCACUUUCAUUUGCUUGCUUGGUUUACAUGGGCAGAGCCACCUCCUGAAUGGCAUAUGCAGUUGUAACUGAAACAUCAUUAAUCUCUUAAUAGUUAUGCUGAUACUGUUCUGAGACAUAGGACCAUGUGGGAGCAGCAUUCAUCCAUCAAAUGGUAGCACAAAAACUCCAUGUUGAAUAAUCUAUGUUUAUUGUGGGACUGUUGAGGUUUAUUUGAAAUUAAGUUAAAAUCCUGGGUUUGGACAACUCUGUAUAAUAUACUUCAGUCAUGAAAGUUCAUUGUUGGCCUUGAAUUGGUUUGAGUUCGUAUUUCCUUCUUUCUUUCAUCUUCUCUAAGCUGAACUUCAUUCCCUGGUCUAUCAUGUUGUUUAUUAUUAGAUUUCUAGGCUUGUUGGACCUAAAGGCAGUGAACUGACUGACCAAUGAUACUAUGGCAGGAGCUGUGUGAUGGCUGGAACAAUAAGCUCUUUGAAUUCAGAAUAAUACUUUGUUUAUGAUGGAAUGCCGUUCUUGCAAAUUCCAAAAAGAAAAUUGUUCUAGAUUGGGCAUGGUACAUACACAUCAGCACCUGCUGAAGGGAAAAGACCUACCUUGCGCAUUUCUUCUCGCUGUGAAGUGUGUUGCAUGAGUGUCCACAUUUUCUGUACAUCAAUUGAUUUUCGUUUCUGUAAAACUAGCCAUCUGAUUUGCUUCAUGUCAGCCAUUUAACAAGUUUCUCACCAACCAACAGCACCUAAGACUCAAAUAUUCCAUUUCUUGGCUCUCAUUCAAGCUUUUUAUUACUCUGUGCAUUUACUCAGAACAUAAUUUGAGAAGAAGGAGUUCAGCAUCAGCAAUACAGUAUGAUCACAACACACACGCACACACACUUUAUUUGCACAAAAUUCAAUUAUAUGCGCUUGGUCUGAGGGCAGCAAUGACCUUCCCGCUGAUGUAAGAGGCAGCUCGGAAACAAGUGGUGAAACAGAGGUAGAUGGAGAAAGAAGAAAUAUGGGCUUCUGGAAAGGCCAACAGAGAGAGCUACAAGCAAAACAAAAUAGCUAGAAUGGAGCUACAGCUUCUGCCUGCCUCUCUCCCUGUCUGCCUUUCUCCUCCCUUUUCACAGCUGAGGGAACCAGAUUUCUUCUUCCUCUUUCUGUCUUCACUACUUUCCCCAUUCAUCUUGCAACCUAGGGAGCCAGUGGAGACAGGAUGGUCUUCCACACAAGGCUUCAGACAGCUUUUUGCUAUGCUUGAUUUUGCGUAUGAGUUGUGAUUGGACUGUAUACUUAUUCACUCCAAAUAUCCUGAUGACCUUUUCCAGUGGUUUCACAUAAAUGUUAAACAAUAUUGGAAAUGAUUGAAUCUCGUGGAAUUCCACAGCAAAAAUACCUCGGGGUAGAGCAAAUGUCUGCCAACACCACAUUCUAGAACUGAUCAAUCAGGUAGGAGUGGAACCAACAAAAUGCAAUGCUUCCAAUUCUUACCCCAGAUGGUUGAUAAUCAGAAGGAUAAUAUGGUCAUUGAAAGCUGUUGAGAGCAUGAGCAGCGUUGCAGCUCAUCUGUCAUUCAUCAGGGUAACCAGGGCAGUUUAAUUUCCAAAACCAGGUUGGAAGUCAGAGUGAAAUGGGUUAAUAUGUUUCAUCUAUGACUUGUCUGGAGUAUGGGAGUAAACACCCAAUCAGGCUCUUUGUCCCAGAAGAGAAUGUUGGCCCUUAGUCAAUAAUUAUACAGAAUUUUGAGGUUUAGAGAUAUCUUUUUUAGGGGUCUCAUAACUGCCUUUUUUGAGGAAAUAUAUUUAAUAUACAUGAGCAUAUUUUCAAAUAAAUCAAAUACAUAUUUUGUGUUGUUGUUUUUUAAUGUGGUUUAAGUCAGAAGGCCACAGAACUUUCAGCCUCUCCUGGAAACAUUCUUUAUUUGUAUGCUCUUCAGCUAGCUUCGUUUAUUGAGAGACCCAGUGUGAUUUUUAGAAAAUCUUGCUGCAGUUUCUUUGUAACUGAAGCACAUUGUCAGUCUGCUCAGUCUUCUCCAUGCCAGCCAACUGUCCCUUAAUGAAGCAAUUCAACUCAGUGAAUAGGACUCAUACUUUAAGGAGACAAUUGGCUAGCAGAGAGAGUUCCAAAUUGGUUUAACUUUGCACAAGUGUGAAAGAGUUUAGCAAAAAGACACUGUCAGUUAAUGUUGGCAUAAGUUCUUACUAUAUGAAAACACUAAAUUGAUAAGUACCUCAUUUAAUUAAAUGUGAAUAUAAUAAUUUACAACACACCGUUUGUUAAAUCUUUCUAAACAGUUUGAAAAAACAUCAUAUAUUUGUGAUCUCAGUUGCCCACAUGCAGAUGUGGAAGGCUACAUAUGGGUGACCUCCACAUGGAUCUCCUACCUUACUUGAACCCAUUCUGAUUUGCCAAUUUUGCACACAAAAAGCUAAAAUCCCAAACAAAGCUGAAACAGUAUCUAACCUGCAAGUAAAAUGUAUGAAUAAUGUAAUGCUUCAUACACAAAUCAAUAUAUUUACUCAUCAGCGUUCAUGUAAGAUCACAUAGCUGAUCAUGCCUAUAUUUCAGAAACCUGGAAGAAUAAACAAUAAUAACAUACCUUGUUAAAAUUGCUUAUCUGAGGUGGAUCAUUGUAAACUACUUACCAUUUCUACAGAGGCAAUGGAAUUAAACACUUUGUGUAACUAAAGUAACAGAACAAUCCUAUAUUGAUAUUUCAUCAAAGAAGAGCUGCACCACUGCUACACUGGCAAAACAGCAGCCGUAUUCUACAGGUGCUUAGCUGGGGUGGGAAGAAAAACACAAAAAAUAAAUAAAAACCAUGUGCACCUAGCAUAUCCUAGAAACAUGACCAGGCUGUACCAACAACAAUGCCCAGGAUUCAUCUACUUCAGUUUAUCUAUCUUUCUCAGAUUAAUUAGCAUUAACUUCAAAGACCUUCACCAGUUCACCAGUUUAUCAGUACUGAGGACUUUUUUCCGCAGCAGGUUUUGAACUUAAUUACCUCUGUAAAAAUGGCAAGUAGAAGCAGCUUAUACAACUGAGAUGUUAAAUUUAAAGAUGUGAAAUUACUAGCGUGGAUUUGUUUAUUAUUAUUAUUAUUUAAUUUUUAGAGAAUAAAAUGGCAAGAGUGGUUAUUAAAAUAGUCCAGCUUUGAUGCCUUAAAAUGAAAUGUUAUUUUUUUGUAUUCUUUUUAUAACAGUUUUUAACUUAAAGGGCUGCUAAAUAUUGCACUGUGUGACUAUGUACUUAAGAACAUAAGAAGAGCCUGCUGGAUCAGGCCAAUGGCCUAUCUAGACUUUCAUCCUGUUCUCACAGGGGCCAGCCAGUGCAUUGGUGAACUCUGCAUUGGUCUGAGUUCAAUAGCUUGAAAAUAACAUGUCAGAGAUUGAAGGGUCUUUAUUAGUGUAAUAAGGCCAUAGAAUUGCAACCAGGCUCAAAAUUAUGAACUCUGCUGUUGACAAAUUCACCUUUUUAUUCACCAGGAAGGCCAUUCAGUUUCAGAAUUUAGAAUCGUCUAAGCCUCAGACACUUAGAUCUCCAAUUUGUUCUAAAUACUUGUUUAAAUAUUGACAUAUCAAAGUGAUACUAUCUUUCUCUCUACAGAAAAGACCAUGGGGUGUAUUAAAAGUAAGGAAGAUAAAAGUCCUACAAUGAAAUAUAGGACUGAGAAUGCUCCAGAACCCAUUACUUCCCAUGCCAGCCAUUAUGGAACAGAUCCAACCCAAGCAAACCAGUCACCUGCAAUAAAGGGAUCAUCAGUUAAUUUUAACAGCCAUUCCGUGACUCCUUUUGGUGGGCCAUCUGGGAUGACACCGUUUGGAGGAGCAUCUUCCUCAUUUUCAUCUGUGCCAUGUCCAUAUCCUAGCGGUUUAACAGGUGAGCAUCAUUUCAAAACUAACUCCAGAUUCCAGCAGAGUCCCUUAGGAGUGAAUUAACUAAACCAAAAGCUGCAUGUGAUUUGGUCUAUAAUGUGUCUACCCAUUCAUUUUCUAAUCUCUGCCAUGGUCUCUGGUCAAAAAGGUAUUGUAUUCUUUGGAAAUUAUAAAGCAAUGUAGGGGAAAGCUUAAACUAAUUCUGCCCAGUGAAAUCAGCUGUACUUCACGCAGGUGUAGCCUAGUGAUCUAACAGAUGGGCAUUACUUCAAAAAUAAAUUUGACUUAACUAUGAGUUUGUACUUAAAAAUAUAAUGAUGGCAGGAGGAAAAUGUUAAUGGAAAGCAUGCCUUGGAAGUAAAAACAUGACUUGGAGACAGUAGAGCUAGAAUAGGGAACCAGUGGGAUCUGCAGGUGUUGUAUGACUACAACUCAAAUCAUUGGAAAUAAAACAUCUAAUGUUACCUUUUAAAUGAAAAUGACAUAUUGAUUUACUCUCUCUGCAGAAUUCAGAAUUGUUUGGUGGUGCUUUGGCAUGGGCUAGAGUUGAGUGGUUGAGACCUGCACAGCUUUUAGAGUCUUAGGGGAAGACAGGGACUUGAAUUGAAUGAAGAAAUCAUACGGAAACCCUUCUGUUUUUAAGAUUGUGCACAGAUAAUAACUUUCCAGCAACUUGGAGACAGUAGAGCUGAAACAGGGACCACCUUGGGCAUGAGCUGCUUUGGCUCAGAAAUGAAACCUUGUAUCGCCUUGGAAAAUCCAAUACUUCAUAUGGCCGCAUUCAUUGUAACAAAAAUAUCAACAAAUGGCUGUAUUUUUUUACUAUUUGACAGCAGUGGAUGGAACUUGCAGGCAUAAUAGCACUUUCUAAGUGGAUGAAGCCCACCAAAUUUUAGAAAGAGGCUUAGGAGCUUUUGCACUAGGUUCAAUUAAACUUUGCUAAUUUAUUUAAGAGGAUGCAUAUACUUUUUAAUUUCUUUACUUUAUUUCUUGGACUACUGCAAUGCGCUCUACGUGGGGCUACCUUUGAAGGUGACCUGGAAACUACAACUAAUCCAGAACGCGGCAGCUAGACUGGUGACUGGGAGCGGCCACCGAGACCAUAUAACACCGGUCUUGAAAGACCUACAUUGGCUCCCAGUACCUUUCCGAGCACAAUUCAAAGUGUUGGUGCUGACCUUUAAAGCCCUAAACGGCCUCGGUCCAGUAUAUCUGAAGGAGCGUCUCCUCCCCCAUCGUUCUGCCCGGACACUGAGGUCCAGCUCCGAGGGCCUUCUGGCGGUUCCCUCACUGCGAGAGGCCAAGUUACAGGGAACCAAGCAGAGGGCCUUCUCGGUAGUGGCGCCCGCCCUGUGGAACGCCCUCCCAUCAGAUGUCAAAGCGAUAAACAACUACCUGACAUUCAGAAGACAUCUGAAGGCAGCCCUGUUCAGGGAAGUUUUUAAUAUGUGACAUUUUAGUGUAUUUUUCAUCUUUAUUGGAAGCCGCCCAGAGUGGCUGGGGAAACCCAGCCAGAUGGGCGGGGUACAAAUAAUAAAUUAUCAUUACAGAAAUGGAUGGAAUUUUAUGUUGGGUUGACCUCCCCCCCCCCCCCCCCAAUUUCAGACAGAUAGGAGCAGGGCAGGUUGUGCAAGGAAUGUCUUUAAAGGCGAAAAAGAACAGACUUGCAUAUCCCUCCUGUGGCUUUUCUGAAGAAUUUCUCUGAAAAUGGUGUCAAAAGAUGCCAAAAUAAUAUGUAGAAUUUCAUAAGGAUAGGCACGGGGUGGGGGGUAUACAAGGGGAUGGGCAGUUAUUAAAGUGUUUGGCGGAAAGGAACUAACUUAUCCUUCUGGGGUUUUUUGGUCAGUAUGUAGAAAACAGCACGGAGCAUAGAAGAAGAGGUGAGGGGAAGUGUGAUAGAUGAAAAACAGUUUGUGGCUUUUCUUUUUUAUUUCUGCUUAGUUGACACUUAUCUCCCUCGCAGAAGCACCAUGAUUGGAAGUGAAAAAGAAGAGCCCUGGGGAAGCUAUUUUCCAGUUAGUCAGUCACAAAACUGCACCCUCUACUCUCCCUUCCGCCUGUCUUUUUUGGAGAUCUUGAGGAAAUGUUAUGAUUUUAAGGAGGCAGUUCUAAGUUCUCUGGGACCUCUGAAGCUUCAAAGCAGCCAUGAGGCUUCACUGACUUUGUUUAGGAUGCCUCAGAGGACACCUGCUUCACCUUAAACAGCACUGGACCUGUCCCUGGCAGCCCAGUUUGGCUUGGGAUAUGUCUGAACCAAACCCUGCUGAAGAUUUAGGGCAUGUGUUUGUUUGUGUGCUAAAUGAGCACCCAUGGGAUAGUCACUUGGAAAAAAAGGUGACAACUUUGAAAUGGCUCUUUUGACUGGUGGUGCAUCCAUUCCUUAUGCUAUUUAUUAAUUAAUUAUAUGGACCACUUCAUUUUUAGAAAUGGGGAAACUUCUACAAAAAAUAUAGGAGAAAAUUUCCAACCUCACAUCACUGCUUCUACGCUAUCCAGAAAACAGAAGUGUAUAGAUAUUUUAUAUAUAUUUCUAGACAUGCUGAUUACUAGAAAAAUCUGAAAAUAAGACCUUUUUGCACAUAACAAUCACAUUUACCUCAUAAUGAGGCCAACAUUCCAGUACAGAGCAACCGAAGCCACACAUGGAAUGGAACGUCUGGAGACUAGAGUUCCGCUUUCUCUUCAAAUUUGGAUUUAUGGGUACUUCCAGUAUGCAUAUUUCCUUUCAGAAUGCAUGCUUCAUUCAUUCAUUAUUAUGCAAAUAUCUGUCAUGUUCCAACCUUUUUAAAAAAGAAAUAUCCAAACUGAAUAGCCCCCAAAGGGUUUUCUAUAAAAAAAAUCUGCUGAAAUUUUCCCCACCCUCACACAUUAUGUUUGGACAGUUAUGUUAGUUUUGCUGGAUCAAGGGGAUAAUAUGGUUGCAGGAACAGGAAAUCAGUCUACAACAAUGAUCAUCUGUACUCAGUGUAAGUCUUUAGGAGGAAAUGCAUACGUGUGUACAAUGGUUUUCCUUAGACCACUGAGGGGUAAAAAAAAAAAAGUUCUCUCUUAAACUAAAUUGAGAUUGAGUAUUUGCAGUGGUACCUUGGUUCCUGAAUAGGCUUAGUUGUCGAACAAAUCGGCUCCCAAACGCAGCAAACCCAGAAGUAAAUAUUCCAGUUUGUGAACGUUUUUUGGAAGCCGAACGUCCGACACAGCUUCUGCGGUUUCCGAUUGAGUGGAGGAAGCUCCUGCAGCCAAUUGAAAGCUGCGCCUUGGUUUUUGAACAGUUUUGGGAGUCAAACAGACUCCCGGAAUGGAUUAGGUUCAAGAACCAAGGUACCACUGUACUUUGAGGGCUCUGUGAAAACUGCAACCAUAAAGAUUCAAAAAUCUAAGAAGUUUAUCCAUAGCGUGUGCCGAACUUCAGGAAUUUUCUUAAAGAAACCCAGCAAAAUUGAAGAGGUGGCUUGUUUUUAGUGAAGGGAUGUAUGUGGGCAGAGUUUGCAGCCUGUAUUUUCUGUUGAACUGAUACUUGCUUUUUCUUGAAAUGUGAUCUAUACAAAAUGCCAGUUUGAGGCCUUUCCUGAAAUGAACUGUGGUAGAGUCUUAAAAUAAAGCAUACCGCAGUAAAUGUAUCUGCAAUAUUAAAAUAUGUACAUUUGAAAGCAUUGUGUCAAAGCAGUGAAUUCAAUGAGAGAAUAUAUAGCUAUCAUCUGUAGAAAAAUCAAUUAAAUUGUUCUUUACAAUCCAUUAUAGUGAUCACAGCACUCUUUUGUUCUUUUCAUCUUUUAUUGAAAGUUGCAAUUCACACUGGAGGUUUAGUUCUGGCAUCUUGUGUACUCUGGAAAAAUAUGGCCUCUGUGUGUGCUGAGCUUAGUUGCCUAUGGGGAGAAAGGAAAACAUGGGGCUGAAUAAUGGGAAAGAGAUACGUCUGCUGAUUGGAGUUGCUGAGUUAGGGUGCUAUCAUAUGUGUCACUUGCAUUCCUUAUUCUUCAAACUUAUUUGCUACUAUCCAAUUGGCAGUUGGAGUAAGAAAUAAUCAUUGAAGCACAUCACACACAUAUGUGUGUAUAUGGAGUUCCUACAAAGCUCAACUGUGCUAUUUUGUUUUUUCUUCUUCCUGAAGUGUUUGAAGGACAUUUGAGGGUCUGAACACACAUGGUAAACAUACAGCUGGAGCCCUUGCCCAGUCAUUUAUUGUAGAGCCAUAUUUGUUGAGUUUUUAAACAUGCAAUGUAGUCAGCCUGUAGUAGAACCAUAGUGUGAAAUUCAGCUCGAGUAUUAAAGCAGUAGGAGCUAACCAGAAUUCUUAAAACAAAUAAAUUGAAAUAGGGCAAUGUUCCCAUUGGAAAACACCUACAGACAUUGCAUUAGGUCCAGAUCAAGAAAAUUGCUUUUAGUUUCCAUUGCAAUCAGUGGAACUUACCGUAUUGGCCUGUAUAUAAGCCUCACUUUUUUCCCAAAUUCGGACCGUGAAAAGUUAAAGUGUGGCUUAAAUUCACGACCUUACCAAAAUUGGCUUUUAUGAUAUCGCUACUGAAACAGACAUACGGUAAAACGGAAUGGGUGUGAGUGCCUAUGGAAUUUUAACGGAGCGGCUUCUAUUCAGGUAUUGUCUUUUUUUCUCUCUCUCUCCCCCCCCCUUUGAAUUUUAAAGGAGCUGCUGAUAUUCAGGUGUGGCUUAUAUUUGGGUCAAUAUGGUAUAUCAUGACUAACAUUUUACAUGGAUUUUAGUAGGACCUAGGUGCAACAAAGCUCUUCUGGAUACAGCCCAUUCUUCCCAUUCAAAUUACCAUCAAGAUGAAAUUGAAAGAACACUUUUAUAUGCCUCCUGUUUAGCAAAAGACCUGAUUUUCAUAUUUUUGCUUUUCCUAAGGUGGUGUUACUAUUUUUGUGGCCUUAUAUGACUAUGAAGCCAGAACUACAGAUGACCUUUCAUUCAAGAAGGGUGAACGGUUCCAGAUAAUCAAUAACACGUAAGUAUUUUCAGCUUCCUGUGGACCUGACUGCACAUGUUAGGCAUGUGUAGCUGUCCGCUGACAGGGUGGCUACUGAGUGGGAUAGCUCAGUUGGUAGAGCAUGAGACUCUUAAUCUCAGGGUUGUUGUUUUGAGCCCCACAUUGGGCAUAUGAUUCCUGCAUUGCAGGCAGUUAGACUAGAUGGCCCUUGUGGUCCUAUGGUUCUGUGGUCAAUGGUAGGAGCCACUUCUAUGCAGACCAUGCAUGCAGGAGGGGUUGGAUGCAAAGGGAAACUGGGUUGCACCCGUUGUUCAUUUUAGGAGUCAGGAUUAUCUCCAAAACAAUACCAUCAUCUUGUUAGCUGCACCACCAUCAGAAGUGUGGAGAGCGGCAGCCUAGAAGAGGGCAUUUUUCUGCUGCAGCCCCUAAAUUGUGCCACUCCCUUCAUUGCAUAGUUUAUGCCAUUUGCAGAAGUGUUGCAGUUCUUUACUCUGUGCCCUUUAACAUUUAAGGUUUCUUAUUUUGUGGGACCCAAGUCUUGCUGAAUUCAUAUUGUUCUAAUCCAUUUGGAAUAGUUUUAUGUGCUUUAUAAUUGUAAUAGUUGUAUUUGUUUUUUAUAAUCUUAUCUUUGUAACUCAUCCUGUGACCUUAUAGUGAAGAGUGGGUAAGAAAUAAAAAAAACGGGCAGGUAGUAGAUCUAAUGUGCACGCACACUCUAUCUAUCUAAUAUGCAUAUAUCAUGAAAGUUUUUGCCAAAUUGGAACUUGCAGUAAGAUACUUCCAAGUCUUCUGAGAUUCCAAGUCUCCUCUAAUAAUGAAACUGCUUUUUGACAUUCAGAAGAUGAUCAUAUUUUAUUCCCUAAUUGAAGAGUUGUUUUUAAAAGUGACUUUCCAUUAUUUUCCAGAGUUGAGAGGACAGUCUGUCUCCUUCAGGGCUUCCUAACCUUGGGAAACCAGAGCCUUUCAGGAUCCGUUUUCUAGAUUCAUCCUUUCCAAUUAUUGGUCAAAGGUUUACUAGAGGCAAGGUGGAAAUUGACCUUUCUACUGCAUACAAUUGCCCCUAAACAGGGGAAAAUGUACUUGUUUCUAGUGCAACCUAGUUGAGAUUCCGUUUUCCUAAAUUUCAAUAAGGCCAUAUUAGCUAAGCCAGGACUGAAGAUCAGUUUAUGUAUUCAUGUCAUUUCACUUUGCAAAGUGACUUAUUGUUCAUGUAUAUUCAGUGUAAUACCUUUUUUCCCCCAGGGAAGGAGACUGGUGGGAAGCACGAUCAAUUGCAACAGGAAAGAGUGGCUACAUUCCUAGCAAUUACGUAGCUCCUGCAGACUCCAUUCAAGCAGAAGAGUAAGGCAUUGUUGUGUCCUUGGUCAGUCAUUUCACCCAUAACCUUUCAACAGAAUUAUAGGCAGAAGACUUAUAGGCAGACGAAAGAUUGCCCCAUUCCAAGUGCCUUGAGGGACUAAAUGAAACCAAUCUCUUAAUAAACAUUGCUUAUAUUUUAGCUUAUAUUUACAUAACAUACACCAGAGUUUUGGGAACGGUAUUUGCAUGUGUAGCUGCUGAUGCAAUUAUUGGCCCAUCACAGCCUGCAGAUAUUGGGUAAGGGAGAAGCUAAAUUAUUAAUAGAUACCAUUUGCAACAGCUUUGGGGCCAGAUUCAACUACUCUCUCUCAUGCUCACCCGCUAGCCAUGAGAUGGCUCCAAGGUUUUGAUUAUUUGUGAUUUUCAUAUGUACAUGCAACCCUUGGAACUGAAGUCCCACAUAAUAUGAAGGAUUAUUGCACAUGCUUAAUCUAAUGCUGAUAGAAUAAUGCUCUACAAUGCUUGUGUUGCUUAACAGAUUUUUAUAUUUACCAGUAUUUUUUACAUUCUAUCCUAGUUACUAAGGGCAACAGGGUCAUGGAACACAGUUAGAUGGCUACACUUCCAUUGGGAAAGUGCUGGAGUACUACUUGUAGAUUAUGAAAGUAACCUUCCAUUAACUUGCUGUGGGUGGAAUUGAAUAAUCGUGGUUGAUGACUCAUGCAUUAGCAAGUCCUUUGACAUAGAUACUCCAAGAAUUUAUUUAUCAUGCAGUGUUUGUUGCUAUGAACCAUACUUUGUUAUCUAAAUCUUGGGUGAAAGCAGUUGCCUCUCUCUCUCUGUAUUGCUGCAUUUUAAAGUGCUUUUUAAAAAAGGCUUUGCGUACUAGACAACCAAUUUUUGUCUUGCCACCAAUCCACUCUCUUAAGUCCUCUGGCAUGCAUAGUGAUCUUAGGAAUAGGUGAAAUUGCAUCUUAUGAUGGCGCUGAAGUUAUCCUCACCCAGGCUUUGAUGCAAACUUAAGGAACUUGUUAAACACCACAUCAGAUGAGAACUCCCAAAUUCUUAUCUGGCUCAGGUCACGAUCAGAUUUGGAGAAGAAUUAAUGGCUUCCCCCUUAACGCAAUUCCAUUUACCAUUUGCAAGGAGGCAGCAGGAGCACUGAGCAUUCAUAAGGCAAGGGAGAAAAUUAAGCAGAAAGACUUUGUUCCUUCUCUCCUUCUGUUUUCCUGACAUGACAGUAAGCCUGGGGAAAUAUGAGACAGGUACAGUCUCCUGUGGGGCACUGCAGUUGCAGCAACCUUUGGGAGAACUAAAUUGCACAUGACCACUCUGCCUUUGUACCCAGCACAUUGUUAAUGAAAGAAGGAGAAAAGAGAUACCCCUCUCUUCUUCUCCCCCUCUACAACUUCCACUGCUGCUACCAGAUUUCUGGGUAAAUGUAGGGAAGAGGGGGAAGAGGAGUUGUGCUGAGUGUGGUGGACUGAUAGGACCAUCAAAGGCUGGCACUAAAUUUUAUUUGACCUUUGGUUUGACUUGGACAAAUAUUUUCAGGCUUUUUCCCCCCCAGGAGAACUUGGAUAAUAUCUAAAUUAAUCUGGGACAAUUUUAGAAAGCUUUCCCAUCUACAGUCUUAUCUCAUUUCCACCUGGGCUAUGGGGAAAGCUAGAACUAGCAGAAGACUCCUUUUGCAUACCUCAGUAUGAAUGAGCACCCGCCCUGUGGAACACCCCCCCCCCUUCAGAUGUGAAGGAAAUAAGCAGCUAUCUUCUCUUUAAAAGACAUCUGAAGGCUGCCCUGUUUAGGGAAGUUUUUAAUAUUUAAUGCUGUAUUGUUUUUAACACUCAAUUGGAAGCCGCCCAGAGUGGCUGGUGAAACUCAGCCAGAUGGACGGGGUAUAAAUAAAUUAGUAGUAGUAGUAGUAGUAGUAGUAUGAGAAGGAACCAUGUCUAUAGUUUAUUUUUUAAUCUAUAAAUAUUCAGUUGCAUAAGUUUAAUUUUGUUGCUUGCUUAAUGUUUGUUUCUAUGCUAGUCAGGAGUGUUUAAGAUAUGAUAGGAGACAAAAUGAUAUGUCAAACAUAACAUAAUGUGUUUUCCAAAUUAAUAAAUAGUUAUAAAUAUUGCCUCGCUUUAAAAUACUGUUUGAUAUGCCUGACAUUUAAAAAAUACCACAAAACUACAAUGAAACACUGUUAAGACUGAAUUUUAAAUGAAAAAAUGUAGGGGAACAACAAAAUUACAUUGAAGCUACAAUCCAAAGACUGCCUCAGCAAAACCAGUGAUUGCAUUAGUCCAGUGGAAUUUUUAACUAUUUUAAUUGAGUAGUUAACCCCCCAUGUCAUUCCACAAAAGAGUUUGCCAUGGGGUAUGAGAGAGUGGCUAGAGUUCAAGAAUAAGAAUAAAGACUUAGACUAUUAUUGGGCCUUUGGGACAAUUUCCAUGGUUGUUAAACCAUAGUCCAUAAAGAAGGAAACCAUACUUCCUGUUCAAAUAGAAAAUAUUGCAGGUUUAUAGUAGGAUCAGUGUGGAAAGCCAUAUUCUUAUCACUUGAGAUGCAAUUGACUUUUUUUGUAAAAUGGUUUCUGUACACUGCAGUAUUAUCCAGACUGUUGCAAGAGAAUCAUUAUUUGACCAUAUAUUUUUUCCUUUGAAUUAUCUAGAUGGUAUUUUGGUAAGAUGGGCAGGAAAGAUGCAGAGAGAUUACUUUUAAAUCCUGGGAACCAACGUGGUAUUUUCUUAGUCCGUGAGAGUGAAACCACAAAAGGUAUAUCAUUAAUUUUGUUAUUUCAUAGGGCAAACAACUAUUGUUUAUAAAUACAUUGACAAAAGCAAAACUUUACUUUUUUACCUUUUUUUCCAAGGUGCUUAUUCCCUUUCUAUACGUGACUGGGAUGAGGUUAGAGGUGAUAAUGUGAAACACUACAAAAUUAGAAAACUUGAUAAUGGUGGAUAUUACAUAACAACUAGAGCACAAUUUGAAUCUUUGCAAAAGCUGGUCAAGCACUAUACAGGUAAGUCUUAAAUCCUCCAGCUUCAUAUAUAGCUGCAGAAAUGAAAAUAUAUAGAAUCAGAUCUUAAUAUUCUUAAAAGAUGUAUAAAGAGCACUUUUGGUCUAAUGAGAGAAUUUAUGGAAAUGGCUUUUUGUUGUUGAAAAAUGUGACUAUUUGGAAUUUUCUUCUUCUUCUAAUUACCAGAUCAUGCUGAUGGCCUGUGUCAUAAAUUAACAACUGUGUGCCCAACUGUGAAACCUCAGACACAAGGUUUAGCAAAAGAUGCCUGGGAAAUUCCUAGAGAGUCUUUGCGGCUAGAGGUUAAGCUGGGUCAAGGAUGCUUUGGCGAAGUAUGGAUGGGUAAGCAUUACACAGGGAAGGGUCAUAGUUAAUUGGUGCAUCAUAGGCUCUACAUGCAGAAGAAACAAGGUUCAGUCUGGCUCCUCCCAUUUGCAAAGGAUCCCUGGAAGGAGGGCUAAGAAGACUUCUGCCUUAAGGCCCUAGAGAGCAACUGCCAAUCAAUGUAGACAACCCUGGACAAGGUGGACCAUUGAUCUGAUUCAGAUGUAACACUGCUCAUCGGUUCAUGAAGCAUGAAUAAAGGGAUAUUAAUAUGAUUCUCUAUAUAGUUUUCAAAGUAAAAAAAGAGAAAGCAGUUAUAGGUAACUGAUUAGUGUAAUGCCAUUUAUUUAUUAGAUUCUGAAAAUCUCUCUCUGCUGUAACUGACAGUAUAAUGCACUGCUUCCAUAGGAACAUGGAAUGGAACUACAAAAGUAGCAAUCAAAACACUAAAACCUGGUACAAUGAUGCCAGAAGCUUUCCUACAAGAAGCUCAAAUAAUGAAGAAAUUAAGGCAUGAUAAACUUGUUCCACUUUAUGCUGUUGUUUCUGAGGAGCCAAUCUACAUAGUCACUGAAUUCAUGACAAAAGGUACUUGUUUCUUCUUACAUGGAUACAAAAGAGAUUGAAAUGGAAAUAUUUUGUAAAUUCUGUUGUUUGGUUUGCUGGGUCUCCCUUGCAAAUAAUCUGCUGGUCUUUAAAAGACUGACAUAUUCUCUUUUUUCUUUCUUACAUUGUCACAGUUUUAACUGCUUAACUGUUUGGUUUUCUAUUAGGGAAAAUUUCCGGGAACCUAUAUAUGAAUGGCAUCAAUAUUUUGCUUCAAUCCUAUUGCUACAUAAAAUAAAGAUUCAAUUAAAACUAUUUCAGAUAAGACUUUCUAAAACAGGGUCUGCUUCGUAUGUAAUGCUAAACAAUAGUUCAGUGUUAAAUGCACAAGUCUCAGGUUCACGCAUCCCCCUGUACUUUCUUAUCUGGUUGUGACCACCAUGAGGCAAUUGGAAGCAUUUGCUUCCAAUUUCAACUAACCACUGUUUGUCAUUAUGUCUUAACAGUCUUAAUGCUUCCAAUAUCCCCCUUGUAGCUAUGCAGAAGGAAAAGUGAGGAAGAAGACACAAGUACAAAGCUCAUGAACAUAACAUUAAACUGUGGUUUAGCGCUUUGUGCAAACUCAGCCUAUAUGUCAGAUAUAGUCAGACUUCAUAGAGUCUUUUGCAUCUGAAACAAAAGGAUACUUCUUGUACUAAAGACAUGCUGAUCUGUUUCCAAUUUAGCACUUGGUGCAUCAGCUGAAAUGAGGCCAAGACACAGGCUCCUGUGCUCCCUCCCCUUCAGUCUCCUCCAUGUGGCCCAGAAGAGGAUUUUGACAACAUUUAGUUCUAUUUUCACAGAAUCCCAGCUUGUUGUUGCAUAUGAACUAGUUUAAAAAGCUAGUUUCAUAAUGCAGAGUUUAAAGUUUUAAAAAGUUAUAAACCACAAUCUUUGAUUUUUAAACAACAAUAUGCUAGUGACAUGGGAGAAAAAGAUUGGGCGCAUGAAUCUCAUUCCAGCUUCUCCAUGCAGUACUCAACCAUGACUUAGCUUAGUGUUGUGUGCAAACAUAACAAUUGUCAAUUAAUGUUGCCUUCUGCAUGUGAAUGCACAUGAGUGGGUGAAAACUUGUGCACUCAGGUUCAUAGCAGUAGUAGAUGAAAUUUGAACUGGCUUCAGUUCCAUUAUUUUCCUAGCUGCUUGCUGUAAAUGUAGAAACUGCUGUUGUACAGAUUCUGGUAAUCCAGUCUCUUUCCAAGAGGGAGAGCUCUACUUGAACGCUGCCUGUGACUAAUAGAUAAAUCAAUACUACAUUUGCAUCCAUUUCUACAGGUCACUUGUUUGUGCAUAUGUGAUGUAAAAUUGGUGCCUCACAAAGUUAUGGAGGUGGUUUCUUUUUGGGGAGUCUCAUGUUCAACCAAUAAAUUUUAAAUGGCUCUAAAUUAACAGCACUGAGCCUCUCAUCCAGAUAAACCCAAGGAAUUAGCAGCAGCACUACAGUCCCUUCUAUCUAUUUCCUUCAUUUUGAUUCUGUCAGUGUUAGGUUUGUGCAAUAUGCUUGAGACAACCCUAUUUUCAACUGAGUCCCUUGCAAAAUUAUGUGAAAUCAUUGUGUUUUGGACACUACUGUGUUUUGCAAAGAAUAUUAUCUAUGCUAACAGAUUCCACAGUGGAGAAAAGAGUCUAGAACCAUUCCCUGUAAAUUACUUUAAUAAUGUCUCAUAUAAGUUUCCAGCUGCACCUAAAUUAAUGCACUAAUGUCUUUCUGCAGGUAGCCUGCUAGACUUCCUUAAGGAAGGAGAAGGGAAAUAUUUAAAGCUUCCGCAGUUGGUGGAUAUGGCUGCUCAGGUACUUGUUUAAAUCAAGAGAGGUCAUUUUGCUAGAUUAUUAUCUUGUUACAACAUGGUAGUAUUGGGUAACAUGUAGAAAAGGUUGAACACAACAGUCUGCUUUAACUAGUGUAUAGCUUUUUUUCAGUUUAUGAAGAACUUUUAAUUAUGUUGCAAAAUAAUAAUUACUACAAGCUUGAAUAGAAUAUAUGCAUAGUUAAAUCUAAAAAUCUUAAAUCUAAAAAAUGGUAAAGAUCUAGUAUCAGUGUUAUGUUUGUAAAAUGUAACUUAGGCAGCUAAAUAAGAGCAAGCAUGUUUAUUAGUUUAUGUUAAGUAUUUGGGAGGCUAUGAACUGUUUAGUUAAUAUACAGUUUUUUAAAGAUUGCAGAUGGCAUGGCCUACAUUGAAAGAAUGAACUACAUUCAUAGAGACCUUCGGGCAGCUAACAUCCUUGUAGGAGACAACCUGGUGUGCAAGAUUGCAGACUUUGGCUUAGCAAGGUUAAUAGAGGACAAUGAGUACACUGCCAGACAAGGUAUAUCUGUUAUUUUGUUAUAUUUCUUAUUAACCAACAGUAUUAAUUUGAGAGAUUUAAAAUCUAGAACCACAUCUGGGUUCAUGAUCAGCAAGGCCUAAGCAUAAUUAUUUGGGGCCCAAUACAGACUUGUAACAUGGGCUUCUCUCACACACAUAUUACAGUUGCAUACCAUCAUUGCAGUCUCAUGAACCAUGAAAUAAAAAUUUCUAUUUCAGUUCUGAAAUGGCAUUUUCUAUAUUUCUAAAAUUACACCAUGUCCUACACUGGGGCUUUUCUAUAAUACCUGAACCCUAUCAUUGCUAUAUUUAUCUAACAUUAGAUCUAGCUUGAAGUUCAGAAACGUUAUUAUUUUGCAAUUUGGGGGGUUGGUCCUAACAAAGGUGUUACCCCAUCAGUGUUUGAUCCCCAUGAACCUAUGGGGCUGCAAACAUUAUAAGGUUAUUUAAAUGUUUAUACUUCUGGCCUUGUAAAAUUAUGAAUUCUGUCCGCAGAGUCAAUCUUGCAAGUUCACACCAAAACUACUUUUUAUACUUCUAUCCACUUUUAGGGGCCAAAUUCCCAAUUAAGUGGACAGCACCUGAGGCUGCAUUAUAUGGUCGGUUUACAAUUAAAUCUGAUGUCUGGUCAUUUGGAAUUUUGUUGACAGAGCUUGUAACAAAGGGUCGUGUGCCAUAUCCAGGUAAAAAAAGAAAGAAUAAGAAUAUUGUUUUUGCUUAUAUGGUAUCUUGAAUGUGUGAGCUAAUUCACUGUUCUAUUUCUUGCUGUGUGUUUUUUUUCUUAGAAAUUCAUGCAGGGCAAAAUAGCCUGUUUUAUUCACUAAUAUUCAAAACUGGUUUGUCUCCAGCAUUGUUUUCACAUGUGAACAAGAGUUCACCACUAAACUAAAAGUACUGAAGAUUAAUUUGUUAGUUUAGUUAGGUGGUUCUGCUUUAUGAAAGGACUGGAGCCUAUAUAUUAUACUAUUAUUGAUUUUGGUCACCUCAGAAAAUCAAUUCUCUAGGCAGUGUACAUACCAAUAUUUGAAACAAGAUUACACCACCACAAUAAUACAAUAAAUUCAAUGCUAAAAGCUGUCCCAGCAUGAAAUAAAACAAAUGUCCGUCACAGUAAACAGAACAUUUCACAAAUAAAAGAGCUAAAACCAACCUAUCAGCAAAGACUAAUAUGAAAAUGAUAUCAAUAGGUCUGGGGGUAUAUAAAAGUUGUUGCAAAGAGAGAGAAGAUGAAGGAGCCUCAGGUUGCUGGGGAAGAACCUGGGUGAGGAGAGCCGUGGGAAGGUGAAGCCCCUCAGUCCUCACAACUGCCUCAUUAGGGCAAGACCUACCAGGGAAAGUUGCUCUGAUCACUAGGCCUGAGCUGUUCUGGUUUCUUUGGAGUUAACUUCACUUACACUGGUUGUUUUGUUGCUGAUCUGCCCCUGACUCCAGCUCCUGACAUUAACUAUAGACAAAACUGCAAACUGUAGUUAACAAGACAGUGUCUAUUCGUUUCAGAUCUCGGUUUGUCACCCCCCAAACAAACCAAGAAUUUUGACUGACUUCAGGUUUGAAAACUCAGACAAUCAUAGCUUAGAGACACAAACCAUGGGUUUGCAUUACAUCUGAACCCAGCCAAUAUCUUGUUUCAGAUACACCCGUUAUUCAUAGAUUCUCAAAAGGCCUGAAAAUCACUGGCCACUCCUUAAAAGCUCUUCCAUGUUCUUGACUAUAAACUUCAAUCCAUAUUGUAUAAUUUUAGGCAUGGUAAACCGGGAAGUUUUGGAACAAGUGGAACGUGGCUAUAGAAUGCCUUGUCCUCAAGGAUGCCCAGAAUCUCUCCAUGAGUUAAUGAAACUGUGUUGGAAGAAAGAUCCUGAUGAAAGACCAACAUUUGAGUAUAUUCAAUCUUUCUUAGAAGACUAUUUUACUGCAACAGAACCACAGUACCAGCCUGGAGAUAAUUUAUAAGUCUUUGGCCUACAUUCAUUGCACAAAUCUGCCAAAUAUAAAAUACUUCCAAAAAAAAAAAUCCUUGCUGAUUGGAAGGACUCAGAGGAAAGCAAAUUGCCAUUUGCAUGCUCUUGAUGGCUAGCAAACUGGAAUUCCAUAAUACAAUUGCACAAAACCACUUUUUAAAGUGUUAUACCCAAAUGUACCAAUGAUGUGAUAUUUUCCUUCCUUAUUCUGUCAGGGUCCAGAAGAAGCAUACCUUAAAAUUGGUGGUAAAAUGAGCAUUACCAUUACAGUUUAUAAGAGUGGCACAGCUAAUCUGUUUCUUUUUCUCUUGUCUUAUCUGUACUUCAAAGGGAACACCAGCAAUUAGAUAAACUUCUGAAUGGAAAUGUUCUGAGAAUAAGAAAGGAGGUGUACGGGACCAAACAAUUCAGUUCCAAUUUUAUAAAAUGCCCUGUGUCCAAAAACUGAGAUAGCACUACAGUUGUGAUCUUGAGACCCGACCCAUUUUACAUUGAUUUAAUUAGGAUAGGAAAAUAUUCUUUUAAAAACCAGACAAUUUAUGAUAAACUUGAUUAAAUUGUAGACCUCAGUAGUGGAAGUGAAGAGCAUUAAUGCACUGUAGAGAUACUUUUAUGUUAAUGUAACUGGAAAUUAGUAUAUGCAAGUGGAUCUCCCCACCCCACCCCCGUUCCUGCUAUACUUUAAUUAUAAAUGAUAAAGGUAACCACAAGUUGAAUUAAUACAAUCAGGGGGAAAGUGAAAGUUUCAGCAUUCUUUCAAGAGGUAGCCUUUCAGAGAGAAAUGCCCUGUGAAACAUGCCUCAAUCUUGUGAGCUUCUUUCAGGAGACAAAGAGAGAAAGAGAGGGAGGGAGAGGUGGUCAGUAGCUACAAAUGCUUCCUAUAAAACAUUGCUAGUUCAGGGAUUCACAGAAUUGCACUUCUGCUUUUCUUAAGAAGAUACUCUUAUGUAUCAUUUACAAAGUAUUUAUGGAAAAAAGUGUGAAAAGUUGAGGAGCCCAAUAUAUUUAGUAUUAGAUUAUUGACUGCAAAUUAUUGAUGGUUAGUUGGCCCAGCUGUUGCAUACUAUAUUCAAGCUCCAAGCCAACAGAGCAUGCAUACAGAGCAGGGUUUGCACAUGGACGGGCUGUUUAGAAAAGCCAAACUCCCACCAAUAAGUGGCUGUGUGUGGAAGGGGGAGUGGUUGGUAGGAUUUACCAUUCCCACCCCCACCCCCCGGCUUUGCAUAUUCACCUCACUAGAUUCAGCUAGUGGCAAGCGUGGAAGAGCCUUCUUCCACCUGCAUAUUGUCCUUAGUUAUAUUUGGAAGUAAUAUAACCUCUGACAUAUCAAGCAAUAAUGUGCUGUUGGCAUUCUUAGAAUUUGCCAAUUUUACUUUAAAAAAAAUUCUGCACAACAAACUUUUUCUGUGAAAAUUAUGAUCAACAUCAUUGUCAUAUCAGACAAAUCGUAUGGAUUUAGUUCUUAAUGGUUACAUUUGUUGCAUCGGGAGUUUUGAAUUCUGCUCCUACAAUAUUUUUUUUAAAACGGUGCAAUUAUGUUGCAUUUUCCCUUAUCAUUUAUGCAUCCCUAACACUGACAUUUUCUAAGGGUUUUAUGUAGAAAAUAAAUUAUGGGAUUGUGAUUUUUCCUGUAUGUUAGAAUGGGUAAUGCAAUUAUACUUAUGUAAUAAUGCAACACAUCAGUAAAUUAUUCUGAUAUUGAUUGGAUGUUAAUUAACAAAUGGAACAAUUCAUUGUAACAACAUUUGUAUAGUGAGGAAAUAAAAAAACACUUAACUUUAUGAGCCAGUUCAUGAAAAACAAUUAUGUAUUUUAAAAAGAAUGCCCUCAGUAUCUACAACUUUCUUUGUGAUGAGUCUUUUACCUCAAAUCUUUGAUGUAAUUAAGCUGUUUUGGCAAAUAAGAACUUGACACUGACAUACUUUUUUUUAUUAAAAGUAAUACAAUACACUAAGAAAUUUAAUUAUUUUUAUAAAGUAUGUUUUUAAUUUUGCUUAACAGGAUUGAUUUUAAAUUAAAUUCACCCCAAUUAUAGCAGCUUAUCUUUUUUAAAAAAGAAAAGAAAAACCCUGAUAGGUUCCUGAGCUGCUUUCUUAAGCCAGUAUGACAUAGGGCUUAGAGUGCCAAGGAGAGCAGGGUGCAAAUCCCCACUUGGGAUUCAUGCUCGCUGGGGGUCCUUAGGCCAGGCACUGCCUCUCAGCCUAACCUACCUCACAGGGUUGUUGUGGGGAUGGCGGAGAGCUAUGUGUGCCACCUUGGGCUGAAAAGGGCAACCCAGAAAUGCAAUAAAUAAAUAAAUAAUUUGAACAUCACUUUAGAACUCUAGAGGGUUAUAAGAAUCACUAUUCUGUUGGCAUUUCAUUUUGCAUUCUUCUAAACAUUUUUUUUCAGCAGUCCAUAUAGACUAUAUCUUGCAGAUGUCAGGUCUUACUUAAUUUCUUCCCCCUAGAAUAUUAAUUACUUUUCAUGAAUUAUUUUGUCGGUCCUGUUUCCGUAUCAGUGAGCAAGUGAACCCUUCUAAGAUACGCUCUGAACUGUUUCCCCUUACCAAUUAACGAUAAGAAAACACUAACGACUACUUUGCUCCAUGUGGUUGAGGCGUCUUGUGAUAUUAUGAAUGUUUUGUUCUUAAUUUGUAUACUUCGCAUCGGUUCUUGGGCUACAGUCCCAGGACUGCAGCAGUAUUUGUGGAUAUUCCCUGCUCCAGUACUUUGCCAAAUAGAACAGAGACUGAACUGUACCAUGAAUUGAAUAGUAUCACUGCUAUGUGUGUGUGUGGAUCUCAGGAUUCUCUCCCCUCCACUUCCUUCCACAUAUGUGAGCUGCAUUGGUAGAUGUUGGGGAGUUUGCACCCCACAGCAGCCUCUUGCAUGAGGUGUGUGUGUGUGUGUGUGUGUGUGUGUGGUUGUGGUUUGCUCCUCAGUGGACUGGGAGUGGUAAACAUAAUUAACUAAGAAAAUUAUGCAGAAACACAGCUGAAAAGAAUGGAUGCCACCAUAUCCUUGUGUUGCUCCUGUUCAUUUCAAAGAGAUCCGUGCUGGGAAAGUUCCCAACAGAUUGUGCUGUUGGUUAUAAAUUUCUCAGACACUACUUCCAUGCCAUCUCAGCUCGUUUUUAAUGCAAACAACACAAAAGCUUAGUUUUGUGCAUUGUUUCCCAUGUCUUCUUCCACAACCUCAUUCUUCAUUGAAUAUUGUACAGCCAAUCCCACAUCUCCAGUGUACAGAAGUGCCACUGUAUAUGAUGACUGUAGAAAUCCUAGUAUACUGUUUUCUAAACAAAACAAAACGACGAUGCAAACUUUUUACAUGUUUUCAACUACUACAUUUAUUGUAUUUUCAGCACUUGCGCUACUGUAAUCAAUCAUUUAAGAAUGAUUUUGAUAUUUUAAUGGAAACAGUUAUGUAACAUUUCUGAUCAAAACUGUAUUGCAAACCUUGCCCAUCUGUUUUGUUGAAGCUACAUUGUGUGGUAACUUUUCAUUUUUAAAUUUUGGUUUGGUUUUCCUAUCAUGCUGUGUACACAAGCUUAAAUAUUUUUAAUAUUUUAUUACUUUUGCAUAAUUAAACUUCCUAAAGUAUAAUCAUUGUGUAGUGGAUACUGUUUACAAAAACAAACAAACCAUGGUUUAACAUCUGUGGAAAUCUAAGCAUAACUCAUUAUUCCUCUAUUCAGCAGCGGUGCUUAUUUAUAUUACAGUCUAUUUGUUAAAUGUCAUAUUUUGCUAGAUAUAUGUUAAUUCGUAACCACAGCCCUUUCCUCAAAAAUGUCUGAUACGAAAGUUCAAAAAAUAACAAAUUGUUGGAGCAGAGUGUUUAAUAGCUGUGACAUUGACAAUUUGUAUUUUCAGACAGUAUCCAGGGCACUCUUCCCCAUGCAGGUUUCCUGGAUUAAAUCAACUUUUACCCAGACUUAUAGAAAGUGGCCACUUAUUUGCCUCUGAAUCUUAUUGAAGUAGGCUAUAGCAUUAUGGUUAUUUGUAGUAGCAGUUCAUAUUCCUAUGAAAUUAUAUCAAAACAUCUUGCAUAUAUAUCCUAUUAGAUGAGGUAGUGAACCCUGAUCC